AUGGCAAAAAUCACAGAUUUGUGUGAAUGGCUUUUGGACAAAGCUAGAGUGAGGGUUAUCAUUUGUAUCCCUCGAGCUUCAUGUCCUUUCCCACUGAGCUGUUUACUCUGUCUUGCAGGACCCGCUCACUGGCACGAGCACUUCCCCAUCGCCAAUGGAGAGCGCCAGUCCCCAGUUGACAUUAGCAGCAAAUCGGCCAAGUACGACUCCUCUCUGAAGCCGCUCAGCUUCAGCUAUGAUGCCGGCACGGCAAGAAACAUAGUCAACAACGGGCACUCCUUCAACGUGGAGUUUGAUGAUUCUUCUGACAAGUCAGUGCUGCAAGGAGGAGCGCUGGAUGGAGUCUACAGGCUGGCACAGUUUCACAUUCACUGGGGAUCCUGUGAGGGCCAAGGGUCUGAGCACACUGUGGAUGGUGUGAAGUAUGAUGCAGAGCUCCAUAUUGUUCACUGGAAUGUAAAAUAUGGUAAAUUUGCUGAAGCUGUGAAGCAUCCUGAUGGUUUGGCGGUGGUAGGCAUCUUCAUGAAGGUAGGAAAUGCCAGGCCUGAAAUACAGAAAGUUGUGGAUGCUCUGAACUCUAUUCAAACCAAGGGGAAGCAAGCUUCCUUCACAAACUUUGACCCCACUGGACUGCUUCCUGCAUGCAGAGACUACUGGACAUACCCUGGCUCGCUGACCACUCCCCCACUGCUCGAAUGUGUCAUCUGGCAUGUUCUGAAGGAGCCCAUCACUGUCAGCCCCGAGCAGAUGUGCAAACUCCGUGGCCUUUGCUUCAGUGCUGAGAAUGAGCCCGUGUGUCAUAUGGUGGACAACUGGCGCCCGUGUCAGCCUUUGAAGAGCAGAGAAGUCAGAGCUUCCUUCCAGUAACCUCAGCGCUGAGUGUGUUAGAAAUUGCUGUGUUUGUGAGGAGCCCUUUUCGCUAAGCACAAAUCAAACCUUUGCCGUGUGUGCCCUGGCAACAUCUUGUCUCCCAGAUCCAUUCUUUCUUUCGCUCUGCGUCUAAAAAGCCAGCUAAUGAAAUGUGAAAGGCUCUUGGCCAAAUAGGAAAGGGGUCUUAAGGUGUGGGGUUGGGGGGAGGCAUCGGGGGUGGUGGCUGUGUGCAUUUUGGUGACUAUUACUGCGACUGACACUUUGGUAUAACAAACAGUAUGUUGGCUAUUUGGGAGAGGAUAUGGUGGUAGUGAAAUAAGCCAUUUUAAGAAACCUCAUCCACAGGUGUGAUAGUACACGUACCUAGCGAUAACUUGAAGCUUUGUGAAAAGCACAGGAAUACAGAAGCUAGAUAUGAUUUAGGAAAAAAAAAAAGUAUUUUCAGAAAGUAAAGCAAAAUGAAUAUUGAGAAUUAGACUACUUAGAUUUUAAGAAACUGACAUGUAAAUAUUUUUGAGACCAUUUUACACUUUUACCCAUGCUAUCAACAACCUUGAUUAUGUCUUAAUGGUAGUGUUGGAUUUUUUUAAUUAAAAAUGUCCUAAAUUAAGUAUUAUCUUUAAAAGUUGUUAUUACCAUAGAAAUAAUACAAAAUAUCUUUUCAUUGAAAUAAUAUAUGCUCUAAUUUAAAGAGGAAAAUAAUAUUGUAUUUUAGAUAACUUCUCUAAUAAAUCUAUACUU